CCUCCCCUGCGCCUCAGCCUCAGUGCGGAGUCCUCCGCGGCGUGAGGAGAAGCGGUAGCGGGUAACCUCGGUGGCGCAGCAGAAGCUGCGGGAGCCGGAACCGAAACCACACCCACGUCGCUGCUCCUGUCCUCUUCUGCCCUCUCGGCGUCCCACCGGAGACCGCGUUACCGGAGGAGAGCGGCAGCCCACUCCCCGAGCAUCCUCCCCUGUCGAGCGGGUGCUGACAGACCCAGCGGCAUGAUGCGACUGCUAGGCUCGGCGAUGCUGCGGGACCUGCUCCUGCGGCCUCCCGCCGCCACCUGCGCGGCUCUGCGGCGGGCACAGCCCCUCGCCACACAGUGCCGGCGUCCCCAAGGCGGGGGACAGGGGGCCGCGGGCCCAGCGGCCGCCGCGCGACUCUACCCGUGGUGGGGCGGGGGCGGCCGGCCGGCGGGGCCCCUCGCGCGGGGACUGUCUAGCUCCCCUUCGGAGAUUCUGCAGGAGCUGGGCAAGGGGGGCCCGCAGCAGCAGCAGCAGCAGCAGCAGCAACCCGGGGCGUCGCCGCCCGCGGCCCCGUCGGCUCCCGGCCCCAAGGACGGCUCCGGGGAGACUGACGCGCUCGGCAACAGUGAGGGCAAGGAACUGGUGGCCUCAGGCGAAAAUAAAAUAAAACAGGGUCUGUUACCCAGCUUGGAAGAUUUGCUGUUCUAUACAAUUGCAGAAGGACAAGAGAAAAUACCUGUUCAUAAAUUUAUUACAGCACUCAAAUCUACAGGAUUGCGAACGUCUGAUCCCAGGUUGAAAGAGUGUAUGGAUAUGUUAAGAUUAACUCUUCAAACAACAUCAGAUGGUGUCAUGCUAGACAAAGAUCUUUUUAAAAAAUGUGUUCAGAGCAACAUUGUUUUGUUGACACAAGCCUUUAGAAGAAAGUUUGUCAUUCCUGACUUUAUGUCUUUUACCUCUCACAUUGAUGAGUUAUUUGAAAGUGCUAAAAAGCAGUCUGGAGGAAAGGUUGCAGAUUAUAUUCCUCAGCUAGCCAAGUUCAGUCCUGAUUUGUGGGGUGUGUCUGUGUGUACAGUAGAUGGACAGAGGCAUUCUAUUGGAGAUACCAAAGUUCCAUUUUGUCUUCAGUCCUGUGUAAAACCUUUGAAAUAUGCCAUUGCUGUUAAUGAUCUUGGAACAGAAUAUGUGCAUCGAUAUGUUGGGAAAGAGCCAAGUGGAUUAAGAUUCAACAAACUGUUUUUAAAUGAAGAUGAUAAGCCACACAAUCCUAUGGUAAAUGCUGGAGCAAUUGUUGUGACUUCAUUAAUAAAGCAAGGAGUGAAUAAUGCUGAAAAAUUUGACUAUGUGAUGCAGUUUUUGAAUAAGAUGGCUGGCAAUGAAUAUGUUGGAUUCAGUAAUGCGACGUUUCAGUCUGAAAGAGAAAGUGGAGAUCGAAAUUUUGCAAUAGGAUAUUACCUAAAAGAAAAAAAGUGUUUUCCAGAAGGCACAGACAUGGUUGGUAUAUUAGACUUCUAUUUCCAGCUAUGCUCCAUUGAAGUAACUUGUGAAUCAGCCAGUGUGAUGGCUGCAACACUGGCUAAUGGUGGUUUCUGUCCAAUUACUGGUGAGAGAGUACUGAGCCCUGAAGCAGUUCGAAAUACACUGAGUUUGAUGCAUUCCUGUGGCAUGUAUGAUUUCUCAGGGCAGUUUGCUUUCCAUGUUGGUCUUCCUGCAAAAUCCGGAGUUGCUGGGGGCAUUCUUUUAGUUGUCCCCAAUGUCAUGGGCAUGAUGUGCUGGUCUCCUCCUCUGGACAAGAUGGGCAACAGUGUUAAGGGAAUUCAUUUCUGUCAUGAUCUUGUUUCUCUCUGUAAUUUCCAUAACUAUGAUAAUCUGAGACACUUUGCAAAAAAACUUGAUCCUCGAAGAGAAGGUGGUGAUCAAAGGCAUUCCUUUGGACCAUUGGACUAUGAAAGUCUCCAACAAGAACUUGCUUUAAAAGAGACAGUAUGGAAAAAAGUGUCACCUGAGUCAAAUGAGGACAUCUCUACAACUGUAGUAUAUAGAAUGGAAAGUCUGGGAGAGAAAAGCUAAAGAAAUGGGUUCUAGUUUCAGAAUGUUCUUCAUUUAACCUCUCAAACAUCUUUAGCUUUUUUGCAUACUAUAAAUAUUUAUUUGAGUUUUUUGUGUUCUCAACCUUGGGUGCUGGAGCCAUAAAGCUUUUUUUCCUUUUAAUCUUUGUAUAAAGAUAAGAGAUUAAAAAGUGGAUUUGUUGGUCUUUAAAAAAGUAUUUAUAAAUAAGUAAAGCAAAUUUGCUUUAUUUUUGAAGAUGCAAAAAGGAAAAAUUCCUUUAAAUUUUUUGAUGGUAUAAUUAAAAUUUUAACUUAAUCCUCAUUUUAAAAUAGUAACAAAUGUUUAAUUUUUUGGUUCUAAAACCCACACAUUGAACUCAUAAAUUUCAUUACAUUUUGUUUUUUCUUUCCCAGUUUUAAAACUUACAUGAUGUCUGUAGGGGCAGUAGAAAGUUAUUUCUAUGCUAAAUACAAAACUAAAAAGGCAAAAUUAAUGAACCCCAAAUUAUUUAAUAUAGCAGUAGAUUAUAAAAUUAGCUUAAGUUUACAUUUUAUGCCCUUUUUAGUGAUAGAUUGGCUUUAAAUUUUUAAAACUUCAUUUUAAAUUUUAUCAAACACUUUAAAACAUAAAUCAUGUCUUUGCUUUUUUUAUUUUGCAAUUUCUCUAUGUUCUGUCAAAAUUGUCAUGUACAGGAGUGUCUUAUGUUACUAAAACAUUCCAGCCAAAGAAUUUCAGAAGUAAGAUAAUGACAUUUCACUGUUAAAAAGCUAUAAUGGUUACUCAGAAGGAGCAACAGUGGGUGUCUUCAAGUGAAAUGUUUACCUAAACAAUUUUGUUUUCGUAUUACCCACGUUACUUUUUCUGUUAUAUUUAAGUAUGAAUGGUGAAGUCUUGGGUUUUAGCUUUUAAUAUUUUUAUUAUCCUAAUAAUUUCACAAAUGCUAAUGAAUCUUUUAUGAUAAAUUAUAAUAACAUCUCAUGAAGUUUGUUUUAUUUGAACUCUUUUGGAGUACUUAGGAAAUGAAUUCAGUCUGAUGGUAGUAAGUAUGCUACUAAAAUGUUAGAUCUGAAUCCUUUUGUUUGGUUAUAAAAUGCAAUAUUGAGAAUCAAAACUUGUUUUUAAGAGAAGGACUGUUUUGAAUAAUUUAAAAUGCUUAAAGUCUGUCUUGGCAAAGUGAUUGUAAGAUUCUGUAGGACCUAUUCACACUUCUUCCUUCUUCCAAAUAUCUCUUUGUUUUUCCCCACAGUUUCCCAUACCUACAAGGUGUUCUUGGUUUUUGUUUUAUCCAUUCUUAAACUUGUAGAUUUUGGAGGAGCAGUGAUGAGGUCUGGGGUCUAGAAGGAGAACUUGAUAGUUUGUUUUUUUUUUAGUGUCCUGGCAUAAAUGUGGUAGAUAACGUCUAUGAAAGUAAAUAAUAGUGUAGUAAAAAAGGUUUCACUGAGUAAUUUAGAUACUGGUGCAAAAUAAAUACAGAAAACCUGAUCAUAUGAUGUCUGGAGCUUGGGAACUAUGAUAAUAGGAAAAGAAGUUCCCUUCCAAAGGUAUUGGUCAGAAGCUUUUUGGGCUAACUUAAGUAUUAAACUUAAGUAUUUAAAUAAUUAUAUGUUAAGUUUUAAAGGAUUUUAUGGUUACUUGAAUAUUUCUCUAAUGUAUAAAUGCAUAUCUCACUGGAUACUUCUGGCUUGGCCAUUGACAGGGGAUUGGUUUUUUUGAAGUCCUCGCCUCUGCAACACCUUUAAACAGUAUCAUUUAUACUAUGAGUUCCACGAAAGCCAUUUACAGUUUGGGGAAUGUCUUAAUUGAUAGAUGGGGGAAAAAGUUUUAUUUUUUCCCCUAUGCUCUAAAUUGUUACAUUUUACUAUUUCAUUUGGAGAUUGGUUUUACUUUAUAAAAUGAAAAUUUAAUGUUUCCUGUUGUGUCCAUAUGUAUAGAUUUCAAAAUUAUGUUGUUAAUUUAUGGCACUUAUGUUGGUAAGUGCACACUUACCAGUGAAGUAGCAUUAUCUAAGCUAACUGUGUUUUAAAAAUCUUGUUAAGGAUGAGCAUCCAGAAAUUUUUGUAGGAAGGUAUCCAAAUGGAAGAGGGAAGAUACUGUGAAUAGGCCCCCAAACUUUACCUUAAGAAAAAAAUAAAGAAGGAAAAUCUUUGCCAGAUUUAAGGACAUUCUUUAAAUUGAUUCCUUCAUUAUUUUUAAUACCUUUUCAAAUAAAGUUCUUGAAAAGUACCCAGUAUUGUGGAUUUAAUGUUUCAUGCCAUUACUGAUUCUUGAUAUUCAAGCAUUUAGAAAUUAGCACAUUUGUUUUUCCUUUUUUUAUUAUUAACAUUUCGUUUGAAAUGCAUAUCCUUCCUGAAAUACUUUAUUUUUAGCAUAAAUGUUGUGCAUUUUAUCUUAGUGUUUGGAUUAAAACAUUUGUGUUACUUAGCUUUCUUUCAUUUGCUUUGUAUAUUUAAUAAUGUACCUUUUAUUUUCCAGUAUGCCUACUUUUUGUAUUGUACAAUAAAUUUAUUUUAAGCUGAUUUUAUUGUUUUUUUUUUGAUGAAAGCAACUCUAGCAUUUUAAGUACAAGUAGUUGAAUUUUAACAAAAAAUUUCCUUUAUCAAGAUACUAUUAAAAUGUUUUAUAUUUUUAAUUCUGAGGCUGUUGUGAAGAGAUACUAGAAAUACUCAAAAGGGCUUUGUUUGAUUUUUUUUAUCUUUAAGCAAAGUAUAGAGUUAGUGGGAUUUUUUGAGGGAGAGGACAUUUCCUAUUGGUUGUACUAGAAGUAUUUGAAUAAAGACUUUUCUCCCAAUUUUUUUUUUUUGUUGUUUUUCCAUUUGUCUACCUUCCAAAAGUCUACCCUGUAUGCUGUUUCUGCUUUCUGAGGAAGAGUAUCACUGGUGUUAUUCACUGUGUCACUGUUGUUUUAUCUGUUGUCUAGUUUAGGAAAAUCAUAUUGCUAAAUCAAAUGAAGAGUAUCAUAAUACUACUUUAGAAUUGUCAUUCACAUAGAACUUGUAUUAGAGUGGAAUAACUAUAAUAUAGAAAUUCAUCUUAACUACUUUUUAAGGAAUUUAGUUUUCAGAAGGAACUUACUUCUUUCUGUAUAUUUACACAACAUAGUCCAAAUUAUAAUGAGGCUUCGUGCAUUAUUGGUUAAAUACAGUACAGUUGACUCUCAACACAGGUUUGAACUGCAUGGGUCCACUUAUAUAAUUUAAUUUGUAGUACAAUACUGUAAUGUAUUUUAUCUUCCUUAUGAUUUUCUAAAUUUUUUUUCUCCAGCUUACUAUAACAUACAAAGUGUGUUUUAAUCAACUGUUUAUGUUCUUGGUAAGGCUUCUGGUCAGCGUAGGCUAUUAGUAGUUAAGUUUUGGGAGAGUCAAAAGUUAUGUGCAGAUUUUCAACUACAUAGGGGUUAGUGUCCCUUACCCCCACCCCAACAUUGUUUAAGGUCAACUGUACUUUAUUCUGUUUGAUCAUAUCCAUAAUUUGUAUCCAGAGAAGAUGUCCCAAAUAUACUGUAGAAUUUUAGAACUAUUUGAAAGCGAAAUACCAUUGUUUAUAAGAAUUGGUAUUUGUGGGAUUUUUGAUAAAGUUCUUUGGGGACUAGUAAAUACGGAGUUCAAGUGUCAUGAUAUAUUCAAAAUGUAAUGUUUAUGAUUGUUUACUUUUAAAGAUACAUUUGGAAUUUUUUUGUUGUUGUUUUAAUCCAUUUAAAGGUCAGGGAGAGGUGACUCAAAGAACUUGGUGGUCUUGGUCUGUCUGACAGUGUAGAGUUUUAUAGGCAUGUAUGUAUGUAUGUGGAAAGAAACACUGCUAUAUACUGAUAUGCCAGUCUGUAUCCUGAUAAUUUAUAUAUAAUGUGUGCAUGUUUAUAUGUAUGUGUUUGUGAGUAUAUCUGUGUCUAUCUGUCCAUCUAUCCAUUCACCCAUCCAUCCAUCCAUCCAUCUUCUGAAAAUCAGCAGCAGUCCUUUCCACAUAGUAUGUUAUGUGUAAAUGGUUCUUUGCUUUAUUCCUAUUCCAAGUUUUAUCAUAGAAUAACUCUUAACAUUUUUGCUGCCCCAGGAUUUAUAAAAUAUAAGGUAUUUUACUUGUUCAUUUUAACUCUAAAGAUUGUGCUUUCUUUUUCUGUGCCCUUUCACUACCUGCACUGUCAGAGUACGAGUAACAGUAUUGGGGAACUCCAUAAAAGGGAAAGCAAGAACAUCAAAUUUCAUGUGGAAAGUUGACUUUAUGGCAGUUUCCAAAAUUUAUUAUAUGGAAGGAUUAUAUUCAACUUAAAAAAAAUAAUGUACUUCUCAUUUUGAACAGCUUAUGGAAUAGUUUUAUUCCAAAAAUUGUGCACAAUUUUUAUUUUAAGAAUGUGCUUUACUUUUCAUUUGUGAAAAUUUGGGUGUUUCUCCUAACCAAUCUUGAAAAUGCUAGAAUGCAAUUUUUUCAAAAUAACAUGAUUUCUGUUCCAUUCCUUUACUAUUUUAUAUUAAAUGUAAUAUUUACACUGUGUAAUAAAACCAAAACCGGAUGUUGGAGAAUACAGCUGUUAUGAAGUAUCAUGGCCCAUCCUUCAAAUUUUCACUUAGAUUUUUUUAGGAUAGACUUCACCUUAGUCCAUUCUCUGUCAUGGAGUUCAAAGGCAAAAUUAAACAGGAAAAUAUAUUCAAGGGGCGCCUGGGUGGCUCAGUUGUUAAGCAUCUGCCUUCGGCUCAGGUCAUGGUCCCAGGGUCCUGGGAUCGAGCCCUGCAUAUCAGGGUCCCGGCUCCUUGGGAAGCCUGCUUCUUCCUCUCCCUCUCCCCCUGCUUGUGUUCCCUCUCUUGCUGUCUCUCUCUCUGUCAAAUAAAUAAAAUCUUUAAAAAAUAUAUAUAUAUAUAUUCAAAUAAAUUAAGUUCAACCACUUUUAUUUCAAGUUGUAACAUAGUUUGAAACAUUUGUUUCUUACACUGCAUAGAAAUAGAAGGAAUUUGAUUGGACCGGGAGAGGUUCUUUUCUCCUUCUCUCUUCCCCUGCUCAAGUAGUUUAUCAAAGUGAAUUCCAUACAGACUUGAAGAAAUUUAGAGUUACACUUGGUCUGUUUUAGUUGAGUUUUUAAAACUACUAUAAAGGCAUCUAGAGCAAAAUCUAUCCAACAUAAAACAGAGCUGGCAAAACUUGAUGUUAAGGAGUCCUUAAUUUUUUAAAUAGUAAUAGAAAAGAUACUUACUUUUUAAAUAGAUGAUGUUAAGGAGACUGAUCAUAAAUCUUUGUAUUUAAUGAAGUGAUUCUAUUAUACUAUAGUUUUAAAAUGUUCUUUUUUAUUUAUAUUUUGAAAUAUGAAAGGUCAUUAAUUUUAAGGUUGACUUUACCAUUUGUUUUGUAUAUUGUAGAUCCACUAUAGUGAUUUUUAGAAUCUGUAGCUGUAGAGACUUUUAAGAUAUAUAUGCAGAAUGUGUAAAGCCUGUGUUGAUUAAACUCUCAUAAUGGCUUUCUAAUGAAUUACAUUAACCUUUAACUAAAAUGAAUGACAUAAAUUAGCACUUGCGUGUGUUGCUUUUUUUGGUGGUAUCUGUGGUAUUUUUUUGCAUAAAUUACUUGUUAUGGAGAACUGUUAUGUAUGGGAUAAAAAAACAGAAAAGAACAAAUUAUGAUUCUUGGUGCCAAAUGCUGUGAUGAACUCCAUACAGUUCAGUAUGGAGGCUCACAAGAAAGAGUAAUCAAGUGACAGAUUUUGGCAAUUGAUCUCAUAACACCAUUAUUAGACUUUCAACUCUAAAUCUCAUUUACUAACUCAGAAAUAUUUAAUUAAAUCUCAGUGAUAAAGAACAACUUGGUAUAUCUAUUUUUAAGCCAAAUUUUAAUAUCUGAGGAUUUGAUUUUUCUGGACAUAGUAUUAUUAAAAAUAAUGAUUUUUUUCAUUAAGUUAUUUACCUUGCUGAAAUACUUCCAAUGCUAAUACCUCAGAUGAUUGAAAUUAUCUGUUUCAAUUGAAAUUAGCUUUUAAAAGGAAAAGUUCUUACCUGAAAUAGUUUUAGAUUUGUUUCCAUAUUAACAUGACUGGUGAUUUUUGUUUAUAUAAUAAAAAUCUCCUCUGUCCAGUAAUUCCACUUGAAGCCCUGAGUUAUGUUUUAGUUCAUAAACAGCUGAAGAGUUUAUUUUAUUUUUAAAACAUAGUUCAAACUUUCUAGUUCUUUGAUGUUCUUUCAUUUACCAUAAUCUUGUAAUUUAUUAGAAUUUCAUAAUUGAGGGGCGCCAGGGGGCUCAGUCAGUUAAGCAUCUGACUCUUGAUUUCAGCUGAGGUCAUGAUCUCAGGGUUGUGAGAUUGAGCCCCAAGUCGGGCUCUGCACUGGGCGUAGAGCCUGCCCAAGAGUCUCUCUCCCUCCCGCAGUUGCAUGCACAAAUGCUCUCUCUCUCUCUCAAAAAAUAAAAUAAAAUAGAUAAGAAUCCUAUAAUUGCGCUUGAAAGUAAUCUUAAAGUUUAUCUGGUGCAAACUCCCACUUCAACCAACCCCCUUUUCCAGGUUUCUUAGCACCUUGCUUUCUCAGUUAACAUAUGUACAAUAUUUUUUUCUCUGUUUUGAUGGAGUUGGUCUGUUUUGUGUUUUGUUAUACAGCCUUUUGUUUAUUGGUUAUUUGUAAUGAAAAGCAUAAUUGACAAUAGUUAAUAUGACUGUAAGUUAUUUGGCAAACUGAUUGUCCCAUCAGUGUUUAUAUUAUAACUACUUAAUUGUAUUUUUCUAGUAAACAGUCUUAUGCCACAGUUUAUAAAGACUAGUAAAGUUAGAAGUGAAUGUUACAAUUAUACAGUAGUUCUAAAAAUAAAACAUUACCCUGGAACCUUUGAAAGAAAGUAAAUGUAGCAAAAAUGUGACUCUAAAAAUAAAUGUUGAACCAU